AUGAAGACCCUACUCCUUCUUGCCUUCAUCGUCGGGUUGACCGUCGGAGAGGAGAUCAAAGAUCUGCCAGGAUUGGAUUUCGAGCCGAACUUCAAGCACUACUCUGGAUUCUUCCAAGUCUCGGAUAACCAUGUAUUGCAUUAUUGGUUUGUCGAAUCCCAAAACGAGCCAUCCAGCGACCCACUGAUCUUCUGGUUCAACGGAGGACCCGGAUGCUCCUCCCUCGACGGACUUCUCAACGAAAUGGGACCAUACGUUGCGAACGAGGACGGAAAGACACUUAGAGAGAACGAGUACUCAUGGAACAAGAUGGCUUCAGUCGUCUAUAUCGAGUCUCCAGCCGGAGUCGGAUACUCGUACGCCACCGAUGGUAACAUCACCACUAACGAUGACUUGACCUCCCUUGAAAACUACGAAGCCGUCAAACAAUUCUUCACCGAAUUCCCACAAUUCCGUCAUCAUCAAACAUUCAUUAUGGGAGAGUCUUAUGGAGGAGUCUACGUUCCAACACUGACUGCCCGUAUUGUGGAUGGCCAAAAGGAUUUCCCAAUCAACCUUAAGGGAAUGGCACUUGGAAAUGGAUAUGUCAAUGAGAAGCUUAACAUCGACACCUCUGUUCGAUUCGCUUAUGGACACGGAUUGAUUGAUGAGAAGAUCUGGAAUACGCUGGAGCGCGAUUGCUGCUCUGGAUGCAUUGACUCGUGUGACUUGACUCAAGUCGCCGGACACUGCGCCACUCUUGUCGAGGAUAUCUUCCAGUUCUUGUGGUUUGGAGGUCUCAAUCCAUAUGAUUUGUACAGAGACUGUGAUCCAAAUCCAUCGGUGAACAGCAAGAGAAUGAGCCACAUGUUGAGAGGAGUCGCGCCAGCGAUGGCUAGAUUCGAUGAGCAGUUGAAGAAUCAGACGAAGAGCAAGUUGUACCAAUUUUUGAAGAACAAAUCCCAAAAGCCACUGACCGCCGAUGUUCCAUGCCUCAACGACACCGAGAUGCUUUCCUACAUGAACGAUCCAAAGGUCCGCAAGGCUAUCCACAUUCCAUUCAACCUUGGAAAAUGGGAUAUUUGCAGCGACAAGGUGACCACCACUUACCAAAAGCAAUACACCGACAUGACUCCAUUCAUCAAGAAGAUCGUCAAGAACCACGUUCGCGUUCUCCUCUACUACGGUGACACCGACAUGGCAUGCAACUUCAUGAUGGGACAGCAGUUCUCCGAUCAGUUGGGACUCCGUAGAACUUUGAAGAAGACUCCAUGGAAGUUCGACAGACAAAUCGCCGGAUUCAAGACACUCUUCGAUGGGCUCAGCUUCAUUACUAUCCGCGGAGCCGGACAUAUGGCGCCACAAUGGAGAGCACCACAGAUGUAUUACGCUGUUCAACAAUUCUUGCUCAAUCAUCCACUUUAA